GUAAUUUCUUAACCGGUGUGUGUGUGUGUAGCCCCGUAAAUCAAAUGUCAUUACCCAACGCGGCUAAUUUGGCGAUCAUUCCUGCUCUUUUGCUUUUUGACAAUGCCAGCGGCGGGGACCAGCCGCACCUUUACGAUCGGAUCCUCGCCGUCGCUGCUUGCUGGCACUGAAGAAGCCUGCUAGGAUUGUCCGCUUGAUGGUAUAGCUUGCAGAGACUGCAGUUGUCGCUGAUCCGCUGCCAGAGUCUCCACUGAAAAGUAAAGGAAUAAAUACGCCAAGAUGAUGUGCGAGGUGAUGCCCACCAUCAGUGAGGACACGGCGCUGAGCCAGCGUGGCUCGCAGAGCAGUUCCUCGGACCCGGACUCCCACUUUGAGCAGCUGAUGGUCAACAUGCUGGACGAGAGGGACCGGCUGCUGGACACGCUGAGGGAGACCCAGGAGAGCCUCGGCCUUGCCCAGCAGCACCUUCAGGACGUCAUGUACGACCGCGACUCUCUGCAGCGCCAGCUCACCUCCGCCCUGCCACAGGAGUUUGCUGCGCUGACCAAGGAGCUGAACGCCUGCAGGGAGCAGCUGCUGGAGAAGGAGGAGGAGAUCUCUGAGCUCAAAGCCGAGAGGAACAACACCAGGCUACUGCUGGAGCAUCUGGAGUGCCUGGUGUCAAGACACGAGCGGUCACUUCGCAUGACGGUGGUCAAGCGGCAGGCUCAGUCUCCCUCAGGAGUCUCCAGUGAAGUUGAGGUCCUCAAAGCGCUCAAGUCCUUGUUCGAACACCAUAAAGCCCUAGAUGAGAAGGUAAGAGAGAGACUACGGGUGUCACUCGAGAGGGUGUCCGUCUUGGAGGAGGAGCUCACAGCAGCCAAUCAGGAGAUUGUGGCCUUACGGGAACAAAAUGCUCACAUUCAGAGAAAAGUGGCUUCCGGGGACGGAGGAGAGGACAUACUGGAGGGCAGUGAAGCUCAACAGAAGGUCCAUGGCAAGCGCCUGUCCAACGGCUCUCUGGAGUCGGCCCACGAGGCGAGCCAGGUGGUGGAGCUGCAGGACCUGCUGGAGAAGCAGAACUACGAGCUGGCCCAGAUGAAGGAGCGCAUGUCCUCCCUCUCCUCCCGGGUCUCCGAGGUGGAGCAGGAGCUGGAGACCGCCCGGAAGGACCUCAUCAAGUCGGAGGAGAUGAAUAACAAGUACCAGAGGGACUUCAAAGAGGCCAUGUGUCAGAAAGAGGACAUGGAGGAGCGGAUCGUAACAUUGGAAAAACGCUAUCUGAGCGCCCAACGAGAGUCCACCUCGGUGCACGACAUCAAUGACAAACUGGAGAACGAGUUGGCCAAUAAGGAGGCUUUCCUCAGACAGAUGGAGGAGAAGAACAGGCAGCUACAGGAGAGGCUGGAGCUUGCAGAGCAGAAGCUCCAGCAGACCAUGAGGAAGGCGGAGACGCUGCCGGAGGUAGAGGCUGAACUGGCCCAGAGGAUAGCAGCCCUCACCAAGGCGGAAGAGCGUCACGGGAGCAUCGAGGAGCGAAUGAGACACUUGGAAUGCCAGCUGGAGGAGAAGAACCAGGAGCUGCUACGGGCUCGACAGAGAGAAAAGAUGAAUGAGGAGCACAACAAGAGACUGUCGGACACGGUGGACAGACUCCUCACAGAGUCCAACGAGCGUCUACAGCUCCACCUGAAGGAGAGAAUGGCAGCUCUAGAAGAGAAGAAUGUGUUAAUCCAAGAUUCGGAGGGUUACAGAAAACAGUACGAAGAUUCAAUCCAUGAAAAAACACAUCUGGCAGAGGAGAUUGAGAAACUGAGAUCAGAGCUGGACCAAUUCAGAUUGAGGGCAGGCUCCCUCACAGAACCCACCCUGUCACGGUCUCAUCUGGACACGUCAGCUGAGCUCCGAUUCUCGUUGGGAUCUCUGGCUGAAACCCAGUCGGACCACUACCGCUCAGCCAAAGUCAUCCGGCGGCCAAGGAGAGGUCGCAUGGGUCUGCGUGAAACCAAGGCUAAAUCAUUGGGGGAACACGAAUGGCGCUCACAGCAGCUCGGGGUUCUGGGAGGCCAUCACUUUGAGAGCGAUACGGAGAUGUCCGACAUCGAUGACGAUGACAGGGAAACGAUGUUCAGCUCCAUGGACAUGCUCUCACCCAGCGGCCACUCCGAUGCACAAACUCUGGCCAUGAUGCUGCAGGAGCAGCUGGACGCAAUCAACAAGGAGAUUCGGCUGAUCCAAGAGGAGAAGGAGUCGACGGAGCUGAGGGCGGAGGAGAUUGAAAACCGGGUGGCUAGUGUCAGCCUCGAGGGCCUCAACCUGGCUCGAAUGCACCACCACGGAGCCUCCAUCACUGCCUCAGCCACCGCCUCCUCCUUGGCCUCCUCCUCCCCGCCCAGCGGACACUCCACCCCCAAACUCGAUCCUCGAAGCCCCGCCCGCGAUAUGGAGCGCAUGGGGGUCAUGACGCUGCCCAGUGAUCUGAGGAAACACAGGAGAAAGAUAGCAGCGGUGGACGAGGACGGCCGCGAGGACAAGGCCACCAUCAAGUGCGAGACAUCCCCCCCGCCAACGCCACGCACUGUCCGAAUGACACACACACUGCCAGCCUCCUCGCACAAUGACGCACGAGGGAUCGUGUCCUCUCUGGAGGCUGAGGCCAGUGCACUGAGUAGUGUAGCCAGCAGCCAAGACUCCCUCCACAAGCAGCCGAAGAAAAAGGGCAUCAAAUCCUCUAUCGGACGGCUUUUUGGCAAGAAGGAGAAGGGCAGAAUGGCACAUCUGGCACACAGACAUGUCAUGGUAGAUCCACAAGCGACCAUGAUGGACCCAGACAUGGCGGGCCAGGACAUGGGGAUGGGCAAGCUGGGAACUCAGGCUGAGAAGGACCGCAGGUUGAAAAAGAACGGACACGAGCUAUUGGAGGAGGCCAGGAGAAAGGGUUUACCUUUCGCCCAAUGGGAUGGCCCAACAGUUGUAGCCUGGCUGGAGCUGUGGUUGGGAAUGCCGGCCUGGUACGUGGCGGCGUGUCGCGCCAACGUGAAGAGUGGAGCCAUCAUGUCGGCCCUCUCUGACACCGAGAUCCAGAGGGAGAUCGGUAUCAGUAACCCUCUGCACCGCCUCAAACUUCGCCUGGCCAUCCAGGAAAUGGUCUCCCUCACCAGCCCCUCUGCACCGCCCACCUCCAGAACCCCUUCAGGCAAUGUAUGGCUGACCCAUGAGGAGAUGGAGACCAUGGCAGCCCCUUCCAAAACGAAGUCCGAUUCAGAAGAGGGCAGCUGGGCACAGACUCUAGCUUAUGGCGACAUGAACCAUGAGUGGAUAGGGAACGAGUGGCUGCCCAGUCUAGGACUACCUCAGUACCGCAGCUACUUCAUGGAGUGCCUGGUGGACGCGCGCAUGCUGGACCACCUAACCAAGAAGGACCUUAGGGUGCACCUUAAAAUGGUGGACAGCUUCCACAGAACAAGUUUACAGUAUGGAAUCAUGGGUCUGAAGAAGCUCAACUAUGACAGGAAGGAACUGGAGAGACGCAGGGAGCAUAGCCAGCACGAAAUGAGAGAUGUACUGGUGUGGAGUAAUGAGCGGGUCAUCCGCUGGGUGCAGAGCAUAGGCCUGAGAGACUACGCCAACAUCCUGCUAGAGAGCGGUGUGCAUGGAGCUCUGGUCGCCUUGGAUGACAACUUUGACUAUAGCAGUUUGGCACUACUCCUCCAGAUCCCCAACCAAAACACUCAGGCACGACAGAUUCUGGAGCGAGAGUACAAUAAUAUGCUGGCGCUGGGCACCGACAGGAGACUGGAUGAGUGUGAAGACAAAGACUUCCGAGGUCCAUCGUGGAGGAGGCAGUUCCCGCCCAGAGACGUUCACGGUAUAAGUAUGAUGCCCGGAUCAGCGGAGACGCUCCCUGCUGGAUUCCGUCUCACCGCCACGUCUGGUCACUCCCGAAGAUUGCCCCCCGAGGUCCUCUAUGAGGCGCUGGAUGACAGUCCUGACGACAUGUAUUUGGAUUGGUUUCAAGUUGGACCGUCUGCAGUGCAGCGGCUGGACAGCUCCACGGUGAGAACCUAUUCCUGCUGAGGAGGAAGAGAGGGACCUUAAACUGUACACUUGACAACCUGAUGCAAAUGCAAGCGGCAAAGAGAACACUGAAUUCUGCUCUGGAUGCGUUGUUUAGCAUGAAAAGCCCAGGAAGACAGCUGACAGCCAUGUACAAAAUUACUUCCUCAUUCACUACUCCCUUUAUAACAGGCAUAGUUUACUCUAUAGUGAGCAGGAAGUUGAGAUUUUGUCAGAAAAAAAAUCAUGAAAAAGUCAUGGUAUAGUACGUCAAAAGUUCAAGUUUCAUUUUUAUAACUGUAACUUUGUUUCCAAAUCAUUUGCUCAUCCCAUGAAGCACCCUGCGGGCUGUUUGUAAGGAUUUCAUCAGCACUCCCACACGGCAAAAAAAGAAGACGACCGAAUACAGUGCAAAGAUCAGUGAGAGCAAAGGGUUCAAUUCUGUAUAUGUGCACAGGAAACAAAAACUGAUGGUAUGACUAUUUUCUGCACACAGAAUAUCUCACCUUUAGCUGCUGAAAGUAUUUAUCUUUUUCCACUGCUGUACGCUGCAAACGAAUACAGUGCAAUAUUUACAUAGAGGCACCCAGAAAAAAAACACCUUUGCGACUUUAUCACUUCCUCCAUUUUAGACUCAGCUUUUUAAGAUUCUUUGCAAAACAUUCACACAGGAUAUACUUGAAUAUUUCGAAAAGCACAGCUCCUAAGGAUGAAACUAUACAAUCAGUAUUUCUGAAAAUAUGUGAUCCAUCUUGUUUAGAGAAUGGUUAAAAGUUCACAUUCCAUACUGCUCUAAAGAACUAAAUUAGCAUUAUAUAUGGUUAACGAUUACUUUGCCAAUACUAUUUCCAAAGUCAACUUCCAAGUUGCAAUCAGUAUGGCACAUAAUUGACAGCCUGGAUUUCAAAUUACAUUCUUGGCAUGUUAUAAUUUAGGUUUUUCCAUAUUUUGUUUAGAAACCUUACCAACUUUACAGUACCCCUACUGAAAACUUCUCAUUCUGCUUCCCUUCAGGUACAGUUCUGAAUGGAGAUUAACUAGUGGAGCUGCUGGGCAGGCCAACCUGCCGAGGAACAAACCAUUCUGACGACACGCACUGCCAAGAAGCCCUCCUCUCCUCUCUGACCCCCUUCCCCGCCCUACUUCUCCUCCUUAUGUGGGCACCAGAUGCCGGUGCUAAACUGUCCUGCAGGCAGCCCCGUUGUCAGCAUUUCUACCUUUUACAUGUACAGUAACUUGUCGAAGCAUAACGUACUGUGUAUUUCUUCUACAGGAGAUGUGUAGGUUAUCUGUAAAUAAAUAUGCCAUUUUUAAAUAUAUACACACCUAUGUAUAAAAAAAAAAAAGAUAUUCAGAGUUUGUGCAAAAAACAUCCCUGCCACCUCAUUUAGUGGACCAUAGAUUAUUAUAUGCUGCUCUUAAAACUGUCUCCAUAUUACCCUGUCCUCUAGAUCAUUUUGUACAUAUGGUUUUAUUUUUUCAUUGUGCUAAUGAUGACGAUGAACCUGUGCUGCACCAUACAGAGAGAAAGAGACUGGAUGUGGUGUGAAAACCUGCCCUCUAGUGGUGUACAAAAACCACCGUGAGCCCCAUUUCUGGCACCAACAAACUUCCUUUCUUAUGGACUCGCUGUCAUAAAGGAGCAUUUUAAGAGGACAUGUCGAUGCACUGGAACGACAUGACAAGCACUUUGAUACAACCGCAUCAACUCAACAGACUAUUUAGUAGCCAAGGACAAAACAAGAGACGCCAUUGCUCUCCGAAGUUGCACAAAACCUCUUCUCAGAGAACAAAAAAGCAGGACGUCAUUCAUAGAACCUGUCACUUGUUGUACUGUAUGUUUUUGUCAGGCGAUACAUUAACACAAAGGACAACUACACACUCAGCCAAGCUGGCCUUCUCCCCCACCCCUCAGACACUACUUUAACAAAACAAAGGAAAUAACUAAAAGACAGACUGCUUUAGCUCAUAGUGUGCGUAGAGUGUAUGUUGAAGUGAGGUGAUAUUUAAUGACAAACCUGUUGCUUGCUGUGACUUACAUUAGUGUAACUGUUAACUCUUUGUUUCUGUCAGAGUUUCCAGGGUAACCUAUUGUACAGCCCUGUUAUCUGUCUUUUACUUAUUUCUGAUGGACGACUCAAGUCUUACACUUUUAAUUUGUUUUUACAACUUCAAUUUGCACGAACAAUGAAUCAUUUUAUUUUGUGUCCAUUUUUUUUUUUUAUUUAUUACUUCUUGUACUUCGGUCAAAACUAAGUGGUGAGCAAGCAAAUUUUCAUUGUCAAUAAAAAAAAAAACUACUGUCA